AUGCAAAUCAUAGUCUGGAUUUCAAUCAUCAUUGGCUUACAUUUAACAUUUAAACGCAUCUACACUACCAUUCGUACAAGGCGGUAUGCCAUAUUAGACUAUCUGUGGUCGUCUGGAAUGAGCAAGUCAUUUGAAACAUUCCAUGCUGAAUCGGGUAUUAGUCAAGGCAGUGGUUUGCCUUUUGAAACAGAUGGAAAACAAAAGUAUUCUGGGUUGCUGGCAAAAAAGUGGAUUUCAGUAAUUCGACUUCAGAAAAAGAUUAUGGAUCUAGAGUCACAAAUGACACAACUCAAGGCGGAUCUUGAUAUUGCUGCUAUGCGUAGACCAUCAAAUACUACUGCAUUAUCCAAUGGUAAAUCUUUAAAUUACUUGCCUUGUGCACCUGAAAAACAUCGGCUUGCUGGUCAUCGAGGAGCCAUCACCAAAAUUGCAUUUCAUCCCGUUUACUCCAUCAUGGCUACUGCAAGUGAUGAUACCACUGUCAAAAUAUGGGACUAUGAGACUGGUGUGUUUGAACGAACCGUCAAGGGUCAUACGAGGGCAGUGAACGAUGUCGCAUUUCACCCAAAUGGCUCUUGCAUGUUGACAUGCUCAGCAGAUCUAUCAAUUAAAAUGUGGGAUAUGGAAAAUGAAUACGAAUGUAUACGCACACUACAUGGUCACGAUCAUUGCGUUUCAGCAGUUGCUUUCUCUCCCAUCGGUGAUUUUUUUCUUACUGCUUCAAGGGAUAAAACCAUUCGUUUGUGGGAAACAGCUACUGGAUAUGCAAUUCGGACGAUCCAGGGACACGAUGAUUGGGUGCGGGGUGUUGCUUGGAAUUAUGAUGGUUCCUUGGCAGCAAGUUGUUCCAGCGAUCAAUCGAUUAUUGUAUGGGAUACAUCAUCAUGGAACCAAAUAUCCCAUUUACACGGCCAUUCACAUGUAGUGGAAUCGGUAGUUUUUUCACCCUUGUCGAUUGCAUCUGCCAUUGAUAAACUGGCACUUCAAUGCAUGGUCAAGGUGCAGCCUAGCACUCAUGGAACACACCAUUUUGUUGCUUCAGGAUCUCGAGACAAGACCAUCAAGAUGUGGGAUGCUAUUUCUGGCCAGUGCAUAUAUACCCUUACUGGCCACGAAAAUUGGGUUCGAGAUUUAUCAUUUUACGCAAACUCUGCGUAUAUUCUCAGUGUUUCGGACGACAAAUCGUUGCGUGUAUGGGAUGUUGCGACUGGAAAAUCGGUUAAAACGCUUGAAUCACAUUCUCAGUUUACCACUUGCUGUGCCAUUCAUCCGUCUGAACGGAUUAUUGCAACGGGGUCUGUGGAUCAGACUUGCAAGCUGUGGAUAUGUAGUUAG